AAAAAAGUCUAGGAAUUGUUUGAGCAUCUCCAGCCCCAGGUAGUGGUAGUAAGUGGAAUUGGGAGGAGAAAUUAAAAGGGUUAAGGGAGGGAAAUUGAGAGAGGCAAAAAUGAAAGGAAGAAGCUUUACGGUACCCUUUGACUGGUGAAGCCGGUCAGCGGAUCACAAAACCCUAACCCCUAUAAAAAACCCCCAAUUACAAAAACCCCAUACUGAAAACUCCCUCCUUUUUGCCGCAUUUUCCUCCCACCUCCCGCACACGGACACACACAAUUUGGUGUAUUAUCUGGAUGAUUAUACUGGGAAUGGAUCAAGAUCAACAAUGGCUGGUCAAUUGCUUGAACGCCUCACUCGAUCCCAACCAUCAAGUUCGAACCUUUGCGGAGACUUCCCUCCAGCAAGCAUCUCUUCAACCAGGUUAUGGUGUUGCUCUAGCUGGAGUUGCUGCAAACCGUGAACUUCCAUUUGGAUUACGGCAGUUAGCAGCAGUUUUGCUGAAGCAAUAUAUUAAGAAACAUUGGAAUGAGGAUGAGGAAGGUUUUGAGCAUCCUGUUGUUGCUAGAAAUGAAAAGGCAUCUAUACGUGGAUUACUCCUAGCAUUACUGGAUGAUCCUUACAAGAAAAUGUGUACUGCAGUAAGUGUGGCUGUAUCGACUAUUGCACAGUAUGACUGGCCAGAUGAUUGGCCUGAAUUACUGCCCUUCCUUUUAAGUUUAAUUAAUGACCAGACUAAGCUGAAUGCUGUGCACGGGGCUUUGAGAUGUUUGGUUCUUAUUUCUUCGGACAUGGACGAUAAGAUGGUUCCAAAAAUUGUCCCAGUUUUAUUCCCAUGUUUGCACACGAUUGUAUCAUCGCCUCAGGUCUAUGACAAAUGUCUUCGGUCUAGAGCUCUUUCAAUAGUUUACAACUGUACCUCCAUGCUCGGGGUUAUGAGUGGUGUCUACAAGACAGAAACUAGCUCCCUAAUGUUACCGAUGCUCCAGCCUUGGAUGGAGCAAUUUUCUUCAAUCUUGAGACACCCAGUGCCAUCUGAAGAUCCUGAUGAUUGGAGCAUCAGAAUGGAGGUGCUAAAGUGCUUGAAUCAGUUUAUUCAGAACUUCCCGGCCAUUGCAGAAACUCAUUUUGUUGUAAUUGUGGGGCCAUUAUGGCACACUUUUGUGUCAUCCUUGGAAGUAUAUAAGCGCUCAUCAAUUGAAGGCGUUGAAGAUUCCUAUGAUGGGAGAUAUGAUUCUGAUGGUGCAGAGAAAAGUCUUGAGUCCUUUGUUAUCCAGUUAUUUGAAUUUUUAUUGACUGUUGUUGGAAGCCCAAGAUUUGUGAAGGUUGUAAUGAACAAUGUGAAAGAGUUAGUCUACUAUACCAUUGGUUUCCUUCAAGUGACAGAACAACAGGUUCAUACCUGGUCGCUGGAUGCUAAUCAGUAUGUUGCUGAUGAGGAUGACAAUACUUACAGUUGUCGUGUAUCUGGUGCCCUUCUACUGGAAGAAAUAAUUACUUCUUGUGGGAUGGAAGGAAUAGAUGCUGUGAUUGACUCUGUGAAAAGACGAAUAAGCGAGUCACAACUAGAGAAAGAUAAUGGCUCGCCUGGCUGGUGGAGAUUAAGGGAGGCCACCCUGUUUGCUUUGGCUUCCGUGUCAGAGCAGUUGCUUGAAGCAGAGGUUUCUGGACCCACUAUUGGGAAUAUGCUAGAGCAAAUUUUAACUGAUGACGUGGCAACAGGUGUACAUGACUACCCCUUUCUUUUUGCCCGCCUAUUUUCAUCUGUUGCAAAGUUUUCGUCUGUGAUAAACAACCAAGUAACAGAGCAUUUUCUGUAUGCUGCUAUUAAGACAAUUGGCAUGAAUGUCCCCCCACCAGUUAAAGUUGGUGCCUGUCGAGCUCUAUCCCAGCUUCUGCCAGAUGCCACCAGAGGAGUUAUUCAACAUCACGCAUUGGAUUUAUUCUCUUCACUUACAGAACUUCUUAAAAAUGCAUCUGAAGAGACUAUGCACCUAGUACUUGAAACUCUACAAGCUGCAGUGAAGGCUGCUCAUGAAGUUUCAGCCUCAAUAGAGCCAGUUGUCUCACCGACCAUCCUUAACAUGUGGGCUUCCCAUGUUUCUGACCCUUUCAUCAGUAUCGAUGCUCUAGAGGUUUUGGAGGCAAUAAAAAAUGCUCCAGGAUGUAUUCAUCCUCUGGUUUCUCGAGUUCUACCUUAUAUCGGGCCAAUACUCAGUAAUCCACAACAACAACCUGAUGGCUUAGUUGCUGGUUCCCUGGAUCUUGUUACAAUGUUAGUGAAGAAUGCUCCUAUUGACGUGGUAAAAGCAGUGUAUCAAGUUUCUUUUGACCCUGUUGUUAGAAUAGUUCUUCAAAGUGACGACCACAGUGAGAUGCAGAACGCAACCCAGUGCUUAGCCGCCCUAGUCUCUGGUGGAAAACAAGAUAUGCUUGCUUGGUGUGGUGAUCCUGGAUUUACAAUGAGAAGUUUACUUGAUGUGGCUUCUAGGCUUCUAGACCCUGAUUUGGAAAGUUCUGGAUCCCUUUUCGUUGGUAGCUUCAUUUUGCAACUUAUUUUACAUCUGCCUUCAGAAAUGGCACAGCAUAUCAGAGACCUUGUGACAGCACUUAUCAGACGCAUGCAGUCUUCUCAAAUUUCAGCACUGAAAAGUUCACUGAUUCUAAUUUUCGCUAGAUUGGUCCACUUGAGUACCCCUCAUGUAGAACAAUUUAUUGACUUGCUGGUCUCAAUCCCAGCAGAAGGUCAUCGAAACUCCUUUGCUUAUCUUAUGCUUGAAUGGACUAGACAGCAAGGUGAGGUUCAGGGAGCCUACCAAAUUAAAGUUACGACUACUGCUUUAGCAUUGUUGCUUUUGACUAGGCAUGUCGAAUUGGGGAAUAUCAAUGUGCAAGGCCUUCUUAUCAAGUCCGAGGCCGGGAUAACCACCCGUUCAAGAGCUAAGCUAAGACCGGAUCAAUGGACAUUGAUGCCACUUCCUGCAAAGAUUCUGGCUAUAUUGGCGGAUGCUUUAUUAGAAAUCCAAGAACAAGUCGACGCAGAUAAUGAGCAGGAUAGUGAUUGGGAAGAAAUUCAAAACGGAGAUGCUGGAGAUAAUGAGAAUUUCCUUUAUUCAGCUGAUGCUACAUUACAUAACAGACCCACAUACGAAUAUCUUGACGCUAUGGCAAAGGCUUUCAAUGAGGACCAAGAAGACGGCUGUGAGGAUGAACUUCUAUGUGCUGCCGAUCCCCUAAAUGAGAUCAAUUUGGUUAACUAUCUCCAUGAAUCCUUGGCAAAGUUCUCUGAGAGCGACAAGCCAUUUUUCCAACAUCUUUUCCAGAGCUUAACGAAGCCUCAGCAAAAUGCUAUCGAAUUGGUUUUAAGAUGACGAGGAAUGUGAUUGUUGUACAAGGUACAUCUUUGCUGAGUGUGAAUGCAUCAAUUCUUUAUAAUAGCAUUGGUUUUGUUCUUUUUAACCAUUCAAUUUAUUUCAUCUUGUUGAACUGCUCGAGAAUCAAAAGCGAGGAUUUUUCUUUCCAGGUCCUCUUCUUGGUUGUACAAUAACAGGAGUAUAGUCAAAAGUUUAAGAAUGAGGAUAUAAGAUUAAACAAAUACUUCUCAGUUUGUAUAAUUGUGUGACUGUUCCAAUGGUGAUAAAAUAAGACCACGAAGUUAGUUUGUUAUGCAUGUGCUUCAG